AUGGCUGGAAUAGUAGUCUUAGAUUCAAUUCAGUUAUUGGUGGCAAUUUCAAUAUUCAGUUUAACUGAUGGGUUAUAUUUUCAUCUGAGUGAGACGAGCAAGAAAUGUUUUAUUGAAGAAGUACCAGAAAAUACCCUUGUUACUGGGAUUUACAGACUGUUGGUUUACGACGAGAACUCGAAAAUAUUUCUACCGGCCAAUCGGUUCGGUGUUCACAUCGAUGUAACCGGCCCGGACGGUUCCGUCACACUUUCGAGAAUUUACGCUGCUGACGGUCGAUUGACGUUCACAUCAGCAAUGCCUGGUGAGCAUGUCAUCUGCAUCAAUUCAAAUUCAUCGGCUUGGUAUGGUGGCUCUCAAAUGGAAGUUCACUUGGAAAUAAGGUCAGGUCAGCACGAUUACCUUUCAAUUCAAAGUAAGAAGCAGCUACCAGAGCUGCAGCUGCGCGUCAAGCAGCUACUGACGCACGUGCAGACGAUAAUAAAAGAACAACAAUACCAAAAAUACAGGGAAAGACAAUUUAGAACCACGAGUGAGAGUACGUACAAACGAGUCUGGCUCUGGGCUUUAAUACAAUCCACCAUUGCCAUCUUCAUCACCAUGUAUCAACUCUUGUCACUAAGGAAACUUUUCUUCAAGAAGAAAUUAAUAUAA